GAGACACAGAGGAAUAUAUACAUAUAUAUAUGUAUAGAAAUAAAGACAGAGAGAAUAAGAUGACAAUAUUUAUAAAUUGAAAGAUAUAAAUUAAGAUAAGGAGAGGCAGGGUAUAGACAGUAAGCUAUUUAUAUAGAUACACAGAGAGAGCGAGAAGUUGAGGUACAAAGAGAGCCAGAGAAAGUAAUAGACAGAACUAGAAUUACAGAGCAAGAGAGAGAGAGAACUGGAGGUAAAGUGAGGUAGGGAGAGAACUGGAUGGAGAGGAAGGUAGAGAUAGAGGGAGAGAGAGAGGGAGAGAGAUAACUAGACUAAUAGAGAGAGAGAGAACUGGAGGUAAAGUGAGAGAGAGAACUGGAGGUCGAGUGAGAGAGAGAGAUGUAGAGAGGUUGGAGAGGAAGAGGAGUGCGAGGAAGAGCAGUAGAGAUAGCGGGAAUGUUACGCAGCCAUCCAGGGUAGAACACGCAGGACCUCUGUGCGUUUCACUAUUGCGUCGUCUGCUCUUUGGUCGUUUGUGGGGAAUUUUUUUGUUUCUUUCGUGAGAUGGAUCUCUGAUGAAGAGGAGGAGGAGGCAGUGGUUUAUUUUGGGCGCGUUGUUUUGGAACGAGGUCGUUCCUCCGAGGGAUUCUCCAGCCCAGCCGGGGAACACUGGGAUCCCCUCAAAACUGCAACCAGGAUAGUACUUUAAACUGCGCAAGUAUACUGGAGUACCAUCCACUAGCAGUAUAUCUGAUGCUCAGAUCAUAGUACAAUACUUUACACUGCGAGGAGUACACUGGAGUACCUUCCACUAGUGUAUUACUGCUCAGAUCAUUGUAUAAUACGUUAUACAGUGAGGAGUAUACUUGAGUUACUUCCACUAGCAGGAUAUUGUAAUACUGUUCAGAUCAUAGUACAACACUUUACACUGCGAGGAGUAUAUUUUUGAAUAUCUUCCACAAGUGUAUUACUGCUCAGAUCAUAGUACAAUACUUUACACUGCGAGGAGUAUAUUUUUGAAUAUCUUCCACGAGUGUAUUACUGCUCAGAUCAUAGUACAAUACUUUACACUGCGAGGAGUAUAUUGGAAUAUCUUCCACGAGUGUAUUACUGCUCAGAUCAUAGUACAAUACUUUACACUGCGAGGAGUAUAUUGGAAUAUCUUCCACGAGUGUAUUACUGCUCAGAUCAUAGUACAAUACUUUACACUGCGAGGAGUAUAUUGGAAUAUCUUCCACGAGUGUAUUACUGCUCAGAUCAUAGUUCAACACUUUACACUUUGAGGAGUAUGCUGGAGUAGCUUUCACUAGCAGUAUAGUGUAUUACUGCUAAGAUCAUAGUUCGAUACUUUAAACUGCGAGUAUAAUGAAAUACUUUUCACUAGCAGUAUAGUGUUAUACCGGGUGACAGGAAUACUUUCUGAUAUUAUAUUUGUCCCACUAGUAUACUGCAAUGCUGUCUUAUUACAAUCGAACACAUUCUAUUAUGAAGAUUACAUGCUGUAUUGCGUCAAAUGUUUGAGUUGACCUUAUCUAAAACGAAGCUUACAGAUUGAGUAAAAGAUAACGAUCCAGAAGUUAUUAUAUUUUGACUCUAGUGCUCUGUUAUAUGGAGCCGGUUUUUUGGAUGCAUAUAACCUGUUUUAGUACGCCAUGAUGUCGUGACUCCUAGCUAAAUUCGCUACGGAACAUCAGUACUUGGACGUUUUUCGAGUGAAGAAGCUACUAGAACAGCUAGCAUACCAACUGCUGUGUGGUUGGGAUGUAAACGACGGCCGUUGCCAAAUCCUGCGCCGGAGAUAUCAACCAAUUUUGAACAGUCAUGUUGAUGUCCGUCUGGUAUGCCAAAAAGAUGGGCUCUCGUUUUAUCCACAACGUGCGCAAAGCCCGGAGUCAGCAUACACGCCUGAUGGGAAAUUCUCCCCCAAUGGUUGUGAACACGGACACACUCGACGGCUCGCCAUACGUAAAUGGAACCGAAGGAGAAAUCGAAUAUGAGGAGAUCACAUUGGAGCGAGGGAACUCAGGUCUGGGCUUCAGCAUCGCCGGGGGAACUGACAACCCCCACGUGGGCGACGACCCCAGCAUCUUCAUCACCAAAAUCAUCCCUGGGGGCGCGGCGGCCCAGGACGGCCGUUUGAGCGUCAACGACUGCAUCCUGUUUGUGAACGACGUGGACGUGAGGGAGGUGACCCACAGCCAGGCGGUGGAGGCGCUGAAGGAGGCCGGGGCCAUCGUCCGCCUCUACGUCCUGCGGAGGAAGCCCGCGGCCGAGAAAGUCACAGAGAUCAAACUCAUCAAGGGACCCAAAGGGUUGGGUUUCAGCAUUGCUGGAGGGGUGGGGAACCAGCAUAUACCAGGAGACAACAGCAUCUAUGUCACCAAGAUCAUUGAGGGUGGGGCCGCCCACAAAGAUGGCCGCCUGCAGAUCGGGGACAAGAUACUGGCGGUGAACACCGUGUGUUUGGAGGACGUGAUGCACGAGGACGCGGUGGGCGCGCUGAAGAACACGGCUGAGGUGGUGUACCUGCGCGUGGCCAAGCCCAACAACCUGUACCUGACCAACUCCUACAACCCCCCAGACCUCACCAGCACAUAUUCUCAUAUGGACACGGACCUCAGCCACCCCAACUACCUUGGCUCGGAUUACCCACAAGCCCUCACUCCCACCUCGCCCAGCCGGUUCUCACCUGUGCUGCAUGGCAUGAUGGGAGACGAAGACCUGCCCAGGGACCCGAGGAGAGUGCUGAUCCACAGGGGGUCCACGGGACUAGGCUUCAACAUCGUGGGAGGAGAGGACGGGGAGGGCAUCUUCAUCUCCUUCAUCCUGGCCGGAGGCCCGGCCGACCUGAGCGGGGAGCUGCACAAGGGAGACCAGAUCAUCAGUGUGAACGGCGUCGACCUGCGGAUGGCGACUCAUGAGCAGGCGGCCGCAGCGCUGAAGAACGCCGGUCAGACCGUCACCAUCAUCGCUCAGUACCGGCCCGACGAGUACAGCCGCUUUGAGGCGAAGAUCCACGAUCUGAGAGAGCAGCUGAUGAACAGCAGUAUGGGAUCUGGAACGACCACGCUACGAAGCAACACCAAGAGGGGAUUCUACUUAAGGGCUCUGUUUGACUACGACAAGACGGCAGACUGCGGCUUCCUCAGCCAGGCACUGGGCUUCCACUUCGGGGACGUGCUCCACGUCAUCGACUGUGGGGACGAGGAGUGGUGGCAGGCCCGCCGGGUCACCACCCCCAACGAGGCCGAGGAGAUGGGCUUCAUCCCCAGCAAACACAGGGUAGAAAGGAAAGAAUGGUCUCGCACCAAAGAGAGGGACCACAGUCGCGAGACUCUGGGCUCUCAAGGGAACCCACACAGUUAUGAGACGGUCACACAAGUAGAAGUCCAUUACGCCAGGCCCAUCAUUAUUCUGGGCCCGGUGAAGGACCGAGUCAACGACGACCUACUCUCAGAGUUCCCCGACAAGUUUGGAUCCUGUGUUCCACACACCACGCGGCCCAAGCGGGAGUACGAGGUGGAUGGGCGGGACUACCACUUUGUGUCGUCAAGGGAACAGAUGGAGAAGGACAUCCAGAGCCACCGCUUCAUCGAGGCCGGCCAGUACAACAGCCACCUGUACGGCACCAGCGUGCAGAGCGUCCGGGAGGUGGCCGAGCAGCAGGGUAAGCACUGCAUCCUGGACGUGUCGGCCAACGCGGUGCGCAGGCUGCAGGCCGCCCAGCUCCACCCCAUCGCCAUCUUCGUCCGGCCCAAGUCCCUGGAGAACGUCCUUGAGAUCAACACCCGUCUGACGGAGGAGCAGGCCAGGAAGGGAAUGGACCGCGCCCUGAAACUGGAACAGGACUUCCUGGAGUGCUUCUCAGCCGUGGUGGACGGGGACAGCUUUGAAGAGGUCUACCACAAGGUGAAGACGGUGAUCGAGGAGCAGUCAGGGCCCUACAUCUGGAUCCCCACCCGAGAGAGGCUGUGAUGACAAUGGGCCCCUCGGCCUCCGCCAUCCGCCCCGCGAACCGCCUCCCCGAUACCGAUACCUCCCGCCCGGCCGCCACCCUACCUUGACCGAAACCCCUCCUAUCACGUCCUCACAGCCGGCCCCUGACCCACACAUGCAGAUGAUCAAAGAGAGGAGAGAGAGGAGGAGUCAGGGAGAAUGGAGCCCGACCGAAACCAUAGAAUAAGAGAGGGAGAGAGGGAGAGAAAAGAUAUGUAAAAUAAGUACAGAGACAUACAAAGAGGGGGUGAUACAUCUGAUAGAGAUUUCAGGACGUGUACUGGGACAGGAAGUGGAGAGGGUCAAAUCCAAGAUGGCUUCCUCGCCCCCGGGCAGGAACACAUUGUUCAGACCUGGACUCCCUCCCUCUGUUCUCCAUCCGCCUCCUCUUCCCCAACGACUCGCACUAGAUACUCAGCCCCACUAGCCCCUAUUUCUCAGAACACACCCCUCACCCCUCCAGCCCACCAACGCCAGACACGGGACUGCGACCAACAGAUUAAGAAUAAACGUCCUCCCUGUCCAUCCUCUUUCUACAUCGGCUGGCGUUCUCAUCUCCUCCUCCUCCUCCUCCUCCUCCUCUUCCUCAUCCUCUUCCUCCUCUCCAUCUGCUCCUCAGCCUCUCUUCCAGAUCAGGGCGGGGGUGGGGAGAGCGAGAGAGGAGAGACUGACUAGGAGGGCUUCGUCUGGAUCCGAAGUCUUAGUGUGGACGAAAAGACGCGUUUUCUGAACCCGAACCCACAGACUCGCACCUUGGCGACCGUGACUGACCAUUUGAAUCAUUUAUGCUCAUUUACAAAAUAUUGCAAGGAAUUAUUUAUAAAAGAAGAAAAAAAACAAGAAAAACCGCUGAAAUUAUAUUUGGGGGUGAAGAUGUACGCUCAAUUUCUGCAUGCCUCCCGAGAGAAGAGAGAUGGGUGUGUGGGAACGUCGGAUACAGGGGGGGGGGGCUUGAGACGUGGCCGGGGGAGUAACUGGGUUGCUCUCUCCUCCUCUACCCCCCCACCCCCCCCCCCCACCCCCCCGGUUGAUUCUCACAGAGAGGGAGAAAGAACGAGAAACAGCUGUGUGGCGGUCUGGAGCAACCGCUGCCUCCCUGGCCUGCAGCAUAGCCCCUCUGCUCUCUAACCAGAACCACACACACACACACACACACACACACACACACACACACAUGUACACACACACACACACACAAAAAAAAAAACAUGCACACAGAGUUGGACACACUCAAACACGCUAUCUUGUGAUAGAUAAUCACAUACACACAGAUAUAAACACACACAUAUACCACACAAACAUCCGUGUACGCACAUGUACUCAACCUCAAAAUCCAUCUGCUAUCA